AUGAGAUCAUUUCUACGAUAUUUCUCAUCGGUUAAAGAAGCUACCCAGUUCCGGUUUGAAUCAUGUCGAGUUGAAAAUAAAUCAUACAUAAGACUUCUAGGUCCUGAUUCCAUCAAGUUCUUAAAUGGGCUAGUCACUAGUAAGCUUCAACCAAACUUUGUUAAGAAGAAUCUAACUACUAUAUCCACUAAGGAACAGGAGAAGAAUAAUACACUCUCGUCGCUUAAUUUUUCCAAAUACAACUGGGGUAUUUACAAAGAAUGUACCCGUUUAGAGGAUCACAUAUCGAGAUUUGGAACCUAUACAGGUUUCCUAAAUAUGAAGGGAAAACUUCUCACUGAUUCAAUUAUUUAUCCAUAUCCCUUCACCCUUAAAAGUAUUCAAGAUAAGAAAUUCCCUGAGUACCUCAUGGAAUUUGAUAGCCAUAUAGCGCAAAAAAUGGAGCGCACAUUGGAUAAUCACAAACUACUGAGCAAAGUGAAGUUUAAACAUGUACAGAAUGAGGAACUACGAACCUGGGAUGCAUAUAUCACCAUGCCCGAAGAAUAUCAAUUAUUAGAAAACCUAUUAAAUCCAAUGCAAGAGAUGAAAGAUGGGGAACAGGCUCUUCAUUUUGCUAACUUCUUUGCCUCGAUGUUCUUCCAAGGAAAUGAGCAUAAAUUGAAAGCGGUGUACUUUGACACCCGUCUGAUCGAUGACAUGUAUGAAGGUAAAAUCAAGCCUAUGUUCCGGAUUGUAACAGAUAAUUCGGUAUCUGACAUUAAUGACAUAUUUAAUUGCACAGCAUUUGGCGAAAACCCAUUCGAAAAGGCCAAUAUAUCAGCUACUGAGAUUCAAAAAGAGAGAUUUAAAUUUGGCCUCUUUGAUGGGAACCAUGAAUACAUCCCAGAAACAUUAUUAGCAUUGGAAGCGAAUUUCGAUUAUUUUGAGGAUUCUAUAAACAGCGAUAAGGGAUGUUACGUUGGCCAAGAAUUAACAGCAAGAACCUUUGCGACUGGAGUUUUGAAAAAAAGAUGCGUUGGUAUUACCAUCGAUGAACCUCAAAAAUUGGCCGAUUGGGAUCACUCCAAAUAUUUGAGCAUUUUCAGUAAAUUGGAACUACAGGUACAAAACCAGGACACUCAAGCAGCCAUAAAUCCGUUUGGUUCUUUAUCAAAACCCGUUAAGAAAAGGACCAGACCGGCCGGACAAUUGAUCAACUAUAACGGUAAUAUCGGAGUUGCAGUUGUCAGAAAAGACUACAUUUACCACGCCCUAAAACACCAUCACGAUAUUGAUGCAUACGUCGAACUACCAAAUAAAGAAACUGUCGCAUGUUCAAUAAAAUUGGAAUGGUUGGAUCGAUUUCUCGAGGAGACAGAAGCGGAGGAAGUAGAACAAGAACAAUAA